GCAGGAGGCAGCUGCAACAGCCAAGGCAGGGCUGCCUCGUCCAGGAGGAGCAUCAGCAAAGUGGUGUACGACGAUCAUGAGAGCGAGGAGGAGGAGGAGGAGAGCAUGGUGUCCGAGGAGGAGGAGGACGAGGGAGACCCCGAGGAUAAUCAGGACUCCGAGGAGGAAGAGGAGGAGGAGAUAAUGGAGGAGGAGGACGACGACGACUCUGACUACCCCGAAGAGAUGGAGGAUGAAGACGAUGCCAGUUAUUGCACUGAGAGCAGCUUCAGGAGCCACAGCACCUACAGCAGCACCCCAGGUAGGAGAAGACAAAGAGCACAUCGUCCUCGUUCUCCAAUACUGGAAGAAAAAGAUAUCCCACCCUUGGAGUUUCCUAAAUCCUCAGAGGACUUAAUGGUGCCUAGUGAGCAUAUAAUGAAUGUUAUUGCCAUCUAUGAGGUACUAAGGAACUUUGGCACUGUUUUGCGCCUCUCUCCUUUUCGUUUUGAGGACUUCUGUGCUGCUCUGGUAAGUCAAGAGCAGUGCACACUUAUGGCAGAGAUGCAUAUAGUGCUGUUAAAAGCAGUUUUACGUGAAGAAGACACUUCAAAUACUACCUUUGGACCUGCUGACCUCAAAGAUAGCGUUAAUUCCACUUUGUAUUUCAUAGAUGGAAUGACGUGGCCAGAGGUUCUGCGGGUAUAUUGUGAGAGUGACAAGGAAUACCAUCAUGUUCUUCCUUACCAAGAGACAGAGGACUAUCCUUAUGGACCAGUAGAGAAUAAAAUCAAAGUUCUGCAGUUCUUAGUGGAUCAGUUUCUUACCACAAACAUUGCACGUGAGGAGUUAAUGUCAGAAGGUGUUAUUCAGUACGAUGAUCAUUGUAGGGUUUGUCACAAACUUGGGGAUUUGCUUUGCUGUGAGACUUGCUCGGCCGUGUACCACUUGGAGUGUGUGAAACCCCCUCUGGAGGAGGUGCCCGAAGACGAGUGGCAGUGCGAGGUCUGCGUGGCACAUAAGGUGCCUGGAGUGACUGACUGUGUGGCUGAAAUCCAAAAAAACAAACCCUACAUCCGACACGAGCCCAUUGGAUACGACAGGCACAGGCGGAAAUACUGGUUCCUGAACAGGAGAAUCAUCAUAGAGGAAGAUUCAGAAAGUGAGAAGGAUAAGAAAAUCUGGUACUACAGCACAAAGAUCCAGCUGGCAGAGUUGAUCGAAUGCCUGGACAAGGAUUACUGGGAAGCUGACCUAUGCAAAACCCUGGAUGAGAUGCGUGAAGAAGUUCAUCGGCACAUGGAUGUGACAGAAGACCUUACAAACAAAGCAAGGGGCAGCAACAAAUCUUUCCUUUCUGCAGCAAAUGAUGAAAUUUUGGACAUUAUCAGAGCAAGAAAAGGAGAAAUAGUGGAAGAUAAAAACACAGGAGAUGAGGAAGCAGAAAAGGCCAAAAGUGAUGUUGAUAAUGACCAGACAGAUGCUGAGAGAGACAAGGAAGAAUCUGGAGAGCAGGAUAAAAUUGAGGAAACACACAGUGAGCAAGAUGUGGAAAAAGAGAAAACAGAAGAGGCAACAGUCGUUGGGGAUAAAAGUAACUCUGUGACCUCAAGCACUGAUGACAGCACCACAAAUCCUUCUGCAGGAGAGAAUAGUUGCUCUGAAGGGAAGGACGCAGUGGGGUGUCAGUCAGAAACCCUUGAUAGCAACAACGUGGCAGAGAAGAAGGUGGCAUCAGAGCUCCCUCUGGAACUCUCAGAAGAAACUGGUCAGAUGAUCCCCAGCAGUGGUUCUGCUGCACCUCCACAGGCAGAUGUUGAGAACAGCAGUGGCAGCGAGCUGGGCUCUGGGCACAAUGACUCCAUUAAGACUCUUGAUGAUGCUGAAAAUGCAGAGAGGGGAUCCCAGGCUUCAGAGGAUAUAGGAGAGAAAUCCAAUGGUGACAGAAGUGAUUCUCCAGGUGCAGGGAAAGGCACACCAGGCUCAACACGGAUGCUCACCAGACUGAGAAAUCCAGAUAGCAAACUGAGCCAGAUGAAAAGCCAGCAGGUUGCUGCUGCAGCAAAUGAAGCAAAUAAGGUGUAUAAAGAAACCAGAGAGGUUCUGGUGGUCAACUCUCAAGGUGAAGUCUCCCGAGUGAACACCAAGAAGGACGUGGUGAUUAAAGGAAAUAUCAACAACUAUUUCAAACUGGGCCAGGAGGGGAAGUACCGUGUUUAUCACAAUCAAUAUGCCACCAAUUCCUUUGCUUUGAACAAACACCAGCACAGGGAGGACCACGACAAGAGGCGACACCUCUCACACAAAUUCUGCCUGACCCCAGCUGGAGAGUUCAAGUGGAAUGGGUCUGUGCAUGGCUCCAAAGUUCUCACCAUAUCCACCCUGAGGCUGACCAUUAUUCAGCUAGAAAACAAUAUCCCAGCAUCCUUCCUGCACCCUAAUUGGGCUUCCCACAGGUCUAACUGGAUUAAGGCUGUUCAGAUGUGCAGCAAACCCAGAGAAUUUGCACUUGCACUGGCUAUAUUGGAGUGUGCAAUCAAACCAGUUGUCAUGCUGCCCAUCUGGCGGGAAUCCUUGGGGCAUACGAGAUUACGCAGAAUGACAGCAAUAGAAAGAGAAGAAAAGGAGAAAGUGAAAAAAAAAGAGAGAAAACAAGAAGAAGAAGAAACAAUGCAGCAAGCUACAUGGGUGAAAUACACAUUUCCUGUCAAACACCAGGUUUGGAAACAAAAAGGAGAGGAAUAUAGAGUAACAGGAUAUGGUGGCUGGAGCUGGAUUAGUAAAACCCAUGUCCACAGGUUUAUGCCCAAACUGCCAGGAAAUACUAAUGCAAAUUACAGAAAAUUGUUAUCAACAAAGAGUGAAGAUGAAAAAUGCACCUUGGAUAAACGAAAAGGUCCAACUAAGGUAAAAACAGAGAAAGACAGAGGAAAGGAUUCCCGAGAUCUGCAAGCAAAAGACAAAGCAGAUGUUUCAGAAACCUUGGAGAAAGUACAAGUAAAAGAAGAAAAGUUGCAUGAAGACAAAUUAGAAGUUGACACAAUUUCUGAAAACUCAGAUCAUGCAAAAGACACAGUGGAAAAAGACAUCGAUGGUGAAAAUGAUAAAGUCAUCAAAGAAGAACCUAUGGAUGUGGAUGAUGUGAAAAUGGAAUCCUCCAUGAAAGAUGAGGAAAGUCAUUGUAAACGGGAUAUAAUCAAUGUCAGUGAGGGAUUUCAUUUAAGGACUUGCUACAAAAGGAAAGUAAAAUCAUCAAAAUUAGACGGACUCCUGGAGCGGCGAAUCAAACAGUUCACACUGGAAGAAAAGCAACGUCUAGAAAAGAUGAAGCUGGAGGCUGGUGCUAAAGCUGGGGGCAUUCGAUCUGUGAGCCCCCAGAAAAACACAGACGAGCUACAAACGAGGAAGGGAAAAGAAGGAAGCCACUUGGACUCUUCUUCCCAAGAUCAAAGCUACAUUUCAGGCAAAACCCAAGCUGAAGACACAGAACAAGACUGUUUGCCCAUCAGCAGUGUCUCCUGUACCAAAACUGGGGAUGAAGAUGAACCUUCUUUGACUUUGUCAAACAAGGUCUCAAAAGAGGGGCAGCUGCUGGGUGAAGACUCCCCUCAGUCAUCUGAAGGAGACAGCUCUAUUCAGAAUGAUGGCAGAGAAAACAACCCUGAAGCUUCGACUGCUGGUCAGUGUCAAGGACAAGAGGCUCUUGGAGAGUCUGAGAGCUCUGUAGUGGAUGGUUUGAAACAAACUAGUGCAGAUGGCAGAAUCAAAUGGGAUGUUUCAGAAACAAAUGAAAAAACCUUGAAACAAAAGCUACCUAUUACCAGAGUGUCUCAGCGAGAACUUGAAAACUUAGGGCCAGUGGUACCUGAAAGCAGCUGCAGAAGAGAUGCUGUGGCCACUCUAGAAAAACCAGACUCAGAAGGGAAUUCUGAAAAACAAAGCAAAGAUUCAGAAAACAAUUGUGUGACAAAAAGCCAUAUGGAAACUAUGUCCUCUCAAGAAAGUGAAAUGGAAGAAGAAAUUGCUCCUGUAAAGACUGAAAGUAAAUCUGAAAAGAUGAUAUUUCACCAAAAAUCAGCUAAUAAAGAUCUAGAAUCACUUAAAACAGGGCUGAUUACUGAAAGAGACCUUGAAAGUCAAACUAUGGACCAUAUGGAUGGGGAAGAUGAUAAUGAGGAUUUACUGAGCUCUAAACUAACAGAGGCCAAUGGUCAAAAGAAAGGUCAGGAACUGAAAGUGGAGACAGGUGCCAUGAACAAAUAUCUUGAUCAGACAAAUGUAAAUACUGUUACUGACAAAAAGAAUAAUAAAGAUGAAGAAACUGAGACAGAAAAAGAAAAAUCAUCAUUUCAAAUGAAUGGAAAAGACAAUGACAUUAAAGCAUUAUCAAAUGAUGAUUGCUUAGUGAAAAAUACCUGUGAAGCUAAGGCAGGGGGUGAUAUCGAACCAAAAGUUAAUAAUAUUAAUAAACCCUUUCCAGAACAUGAAAUAAAACCAUUGACUUUUAAGGAAUCUUCAGUAAAACCAUUCAUGAAUGGUGACAUCAUGGGAGAGGACACAAAGGAUAAAAAUAAAGUGGACUCAAAGUCACGUCUGCAGAGUUCACCUGAGUCUGGAGAGAGUCUUCAGCCACCAGAUGAAGUUCCCAAGUAUGUGCAGAAAACUGAAGAAAAUCAGCUUUCUCCUGAGAGAUCUGCCAGUGUUGGCUCUGCUUCCCCACCAACACAGCCUGUCUGUAAAGAAAAUAACCUGAACAAUGAGACAGAAUCUAUGGAAACUGAAGCAAUUGAGGAGAAGAAAGUUGCUCCUUCACCUGUAACCUCAUGUGAGGAAUCCAGCUUGAGCAGUCACUUUGCUGACCAGAAUGGGGAACAGACAUAUAAAAUGGAAAAUAUUAAUGGAGAAAGUAAAAUAAAAACUGUUAUUACUGAAGUGACCACCACAACCUCAACUGUGUCCACAGAGUCCAAAACGGUGUUCAAGGUCGCAGAGACUGGAGCUGCCAGCAGUGAGAAAACCACAGUUGUUUCCUCUACAGAAAACUGUGCCAUCUCCACUGUCACCACCACCACCACUGUGACCAAGCUCAGCACUCCAGCCACAGACAGUCACUCUGAUGUCAUCUCAGUCCAGGAGCACAGUAAAACAGUGGUUACAACAACAGUCACCGAUUCACUGACCACCCCAGAAGGCACAUUGGUGACUUCCAUGACUGUCAGCAAAGAAUAUUCCACAAAAGACAAAGUGAAGUUAAUGAAAUUCACGAGACCCAAAAAAACUCGUUCUGGAACUGCCUUGCCAUCUUAUAGGAAAUUUGUCACCAAAAGCAGUAAAAAAAGCAUAUUUGUUUUACCCAAUGAUGACUUAAAAAAGCUGGCCAGGAGAGGAGGAAUCAGAGAGGUUCCUUAUUUCAAUUACAAUGCAAAGCCUGCCUUGGAUAUCUGGCCAUAUCCAUCCCCAAGACCAACUUUUGGGAUCACUUGGAGGUACCGACUCCAAACAGUCAAAUCAUUGGCUGGAGUGAGCCUGAUGUUGAGGUUAUUGUGGGCAUGUCUCAAGUGGGAUGAUAUGGCAGCAAAAGCUCCACCUGGGGGAGGAACCACAAGGACAGAAACAACUGAAACUGAAAUUACAACAACAGAAAUAAUCAAGCGGAGAGAUGUUGGUCCGUAUGGGAUCCGGUCAGAAUACUGCAUAAGAAAAAUCAUUUGUCCCAUUGGUGUACCAGAGGCUCCAAAAGAAACUCCAACACCCCAGAGGAAGGGACUGCGAUCAAGUGCCCUCAGGCCAAAAAGGCCAGAAACACCCAAGCAAACAGGCCCUGUUAUAAUGGAAACUUGGGUAGCAGAGGAGGAGUUGGAACUGUGGGAGAUCAGGGCAUUUGCUGAAAGGGUGGAGAAGGAAAAGGCACAGGCAGUUGAACAACAGGCUAAGAAACGGCUGGAACAGCAGAAGCAGAUCCCUGCAGGAGGUGUGGUCCCUGCAGCCACCACAGCCAGCAGCACUGCAACCACAGUGUCCACACCACAGAAAGUCGUGGUGGGCCCUCUGACAGGCCCUGUCCCCACAGGAACCAAAGUAGUGCUCACCACUAAAGUGGGGUCCCCAGCUACAGUAACAUUCCAACAGAACAAGAAUUUCCAUCAAACUUUUGCUACUUGGGUUAAGCAAGGCCAGUCUUCAACAGGUGUGGUUCAAGUUCAGCAAAAGGUAUUGGGUAUCAUUCCAUCAACUACAGGUGCAAGUCAAACCUUUACUUCAUUCCAGCCAAGGACAGCAACUGUAACCAUUAGGCCAAACACCACAGGAACGUUAGGAACAACAAGCACUUCACAAGUAGUGCAGGGGACACCGCUGCGCCCCGGGAUGACGGUGAUCCGGACACCCCUGCAGCAAUCCACCCUUGGCAAGACCAUCAUUCGAACACCUGUAGUGGUGCAGCAAGGUCAGACACAGCAAGUGGUGACUCAGAUAAUCAGGGGUCAGCCUGUCUCAACAGCAAUUUCUAGUACCAGCACAGCUUCUUCCAGCACUGGGCAGAAAACCAUCACAAGUUCUGGAACUCCUCCUCAACAAGUUCAGCCACAGACCCCAGCACCGUCCCCUCGCCCCCAGCAGGGCCAGGUGAAGCUGACAAUGGCCCAGCUCACCCAGCUCACACAAGGGCAGGGUGGCAGUCAAGGCUUAACUGUGGUAAUUCAGGGACAAGGUCAAACUACUGGUCAGUUACAAUUAAUCCCUCAGGGUGUGACUGUAAUACCUGGUCCAGGACAGCAGCUUAUGCAAGCAGCUAUGCCAAAUGGUACAAUUCAGAGAUUUCUGUUCACCCCACUACCAGCAGCUGCUACUACAGCUAGCACAACUACAACCACCGUUUCUACUUCAACCUCGGCUGCUGGGGAAGCGAAGCCGGCUCUGCAGGCGCCUCCAGCAUCGGCCGUGCCCGCGGGGCAGGGCCAGCCCCAGGGCCAGCCCGCGGCUCAGCCCGCGGGGGCUCAGCCCCAGGGCGCCCAGCCCGAGGCCCCGAGCCAGCCCGAGGCUGCCGGCGACUCCGCGGCCCCUCCCGAAGCUCAGCCCUCCAAAUCUCCGGCUCAGUCUCCAGUGCAGGCUCCGGGACUCUCUCCAGCGCCCGGCCCGAUGCAGCCGCCGCCCGCGGGCCUGCCCCCAGGCCAGGCCCAGGCUCAGCAUCCAGCUCAGGUGCAAACUCCAACCCGACAACCCAGUCCAAUGUGGCCCCACGCUCCCAUACAAAUUCCAGCUCUGCUGCAGCAAUCGCAGCCUCAGGUUCAGACCUUGGGCUCCACCCUUGCAAGUACUCAAACUUUAAAUCAGGUUCCUCUGCAGUGCCUAGCUCAUCCUCAGCUGCCUCCAACAAGUGUUACAGCAGUGCCUCAGCUCCAGCAGCAAGUGGAAGUCCUGUCUUGGCUGCAGCCGUGUGUUGUGGCUCAGAUACGAGCCCAGCAGGGCAGCGUGCCCCACAUCAAGCUUCAGUUACCUCUUGAGGUCCAGCACAGUAGCCCAGCACAGGCUCAGCAGGUGGCCAGUGUGGUGACAGUGCAAGCAGCUAGUGUGCAGGAGCAGCUGCACAGAGUUCAGCAGCUCAGGGAGCAGCAGCAGAAGAAAAAGCAGCAACAGAUAGAAAUUAAACGUGAGCACAUCCUUCAGGCUUCUAAUCAAAGUGACAUUAUCCAGAAACAGGUGGUUAUGAAGCAGAAUGCUGUCAUAGAACAUUUGAAACAGAAGAAGACACUGACUCCAGCUGAGAGGGAAGAAAAUCAGAGAAUGAUUGUGUGCAACCAAGUGAUGAAAUAUAUUCUGGAUAAGAUAGACAAAGAAGAAAAACAGGCAGCUAAGAAACGGAAGCGAGAAGAGAGCGUGGAGCAGAAGCGGAGCAAACAGAACGCGACCAAGCUCUCAGCUCUGCUUUUCAAGCACAAAGAGCAGCUGAAAGCUGAAAUACUGAAAAAAAGAGCACUUCUGGACAAAGAUCUACAGAUUGAAGUGCAGGAGGAGCUAAAGAAAGACUUGAGUAAAAUUAAGAAAGAAAAAGAAAGAGCCCAGGCAGCAGCUGCUGCUGCAGCAGCCGCAGCCGCCGCGGCCGCCGCCGCCGCCCCGCCACCACCGCCACCAGUGCCACCAGCACCGCCACAGCUGCCAGCAGCCAGCGUCACCUCCUCCUCCUCCACCACUGUCCCCGUGCCAGUCUCCUCCCAGAAGAGGAAACGAGAGGAGGAGAAAGAUUCCUCAGCUUCCAAGUCCAAGAAAAAGAAAAUGAUUUCUACUACCUCAAAGGAAACGAAGAAGGACACAAAGCUUUACUGCAUCUGUAAAACGCCUUACGACGAGUCCAAGUUCUAUAUUGGCUGUGAUCUUUGUACUAACUGGUAUCAUGGAGAAUGUGUUGGAAUCACAGAAAAGGAGGCUAAGAAAAUGGAUGUGUACAUCUGUAAUGAGUGUAAACGGGCACAAGAGGGCAGCAGUGAGGAGUUGUACUGUAUCUGCAGAACACCUUAUGAUGAGUCGCAAUUUUACAUUGGCUGUGACCGAUGUCAGAACUGGUACCACGGGCGCUGCGUGGGCAUCCUGCAGAGCGAGGCAGAUCUCAUUGAUGAGUACGUGUGUCCCCAGUGCCAGUCCACAGAGGAUGCCAUGACUGUGCUCAGCCCACUCACAGAUAAAGACUAUGAAGGCUUGAGGAGGGUCCUGCGCUCCUUGCAGGCUCACAAGAUGGCAUGGCCAUUCCUAGAACCGGUAGAUCCCAACGAUGCACCAGAUUAUUAUGGUGUCAUCAAAGAGCCAAUGGACCUUGCUACCAUGGAAGAAAGAAUCCUAAAACGCUACUACAAAAAGGUCACGGAGUUUGUGGCAGACAUGACCAAAAUUUUUGAUAACUGCCGUUACUACAAUCCAAGUGACUCCCCUUUCUACCAGUGUGCAGAAGUUCUCGAGUCUUUCUUUGUACAGAAACUAAAAGGAUUUAAGGCAAGCAGGUCCCAUAACAACAAACUGCAGUCUACAGCUUCUUAGAGUUCAGCGUGUUAACCAAACACACGAGCAAGGAUCUGGUUGUCUGACAAUUUUUAAUUAAGGAGCCAGAUGUUUUUAGUCAGGUUAUCCUGACAAGACUUGAUGUAAACUGCGUUUUUAUUGGUCACAACAGUCAAAUAAUAUUCUUGGCUUAUUUUGUCCAAAGGACAAAGAAAUAAAAAUCAGCAGCACCACUUUCUUGUCAAGAUCAAAUUGUUGUACUAUUGUGGCAGAAGCAGGAAAACUUUGUUUUCUUGAAGGAGAGAGAGAAAGAGAGCAAGAAAAAAAGAUACAGUAAAUGGGGUCACGAUUAACUCCAUGGAAAUGCCACGUCUGUUCUUCAGUGAAGAAGCUGGUUUAAAGUCCACACAGAAAACUUUGACUGUAUUUAUUUAUUGUUGCAAAAAAGACGCUUUUUUAUUGCUGCCCUCAUUUGUCAGCUAAUUAUUUUUUCUUAUAAAAUCCAGCCCCGGUUCCAUGUAAUCCAUUCUGUAUCUUAACAUGAUUCCUGUAGGUAAAAGUACAAGAAGACCUCUAGAUGUCUUUUCUUUCUAUGAAAGGAGCUGCUAUGUACACAUGUGCACACACACAGGACUGGGAAUCAACAAGGAGUUUAUCAUUCAUGGUAGAUAAAAACAAGCUUGCAUAAAAGUUGGGCUGAGUGGUCAUGGACUACAGACUCUGUUGCCUUGAAUAUAACAAACAGUACAAUUUGUCAUUUACUCUGCACCAGACUGAACUGAGUAAAAUCUAUUUGAAGGUAUCUUGUUUGUAAACAUUUGUCAGAUUCUAAUUUUUUUUUCUUUUGUAUUAAAAUUCAAAAUAUGGAUGUAUAUGAAACAAAAUAAAUGGAGAUCAUUGUUCUCCCCACAGC